AUGAGAGGCUGGGGCGAUCGAUUGAGAUCGUACAAUGAUGUGAGACAGCUUUUCAAUGAAACUUUUCGCAAUGAAGAUACUGCCAUUUCAAGAUCUACAGUUGAGAGAACGAUAAGGCGUUUCAACGAAACUGGAAGUGUUAAAAAUCGCCCAGUAUUAGGUAGGCCAAAGUCAGCAACAAAUCCAGAAAAAUCAUUAGAUGUUUUACAAUCCUUCAUCGAAAAUCCGCAUGAUUCAAGCCGUAAAGUAGCUCUGCAACAUGACAUCGAUCAAAAGUCUGUUCUUAAAAUAUUAAAAAAUAAUAAAUUUCAUCCCUAUAAAGCCCAUCUUGUGCAAGAGCUAAAUGAGGAUGAUUUUGAUAGGCGCAUUGAAUUUUGUGAGUUGAUGAUGGAAAGAAUAGACGAGGAUCCUAACUUUCUAUCAAACAUAGUUUUCUCAGAUGAAGCAACAUUUCAGAUAAAUGGCAACGUUAAUCGGCACAAUUGCAGAUUCUGGUCUGACGCAAAUCCUCACUGGAUUGAAGAAACACACACGCAAUAUCCGCAAAAAUUAAAUGUGUUGGCAGGCAUUCUCAAUAAUGCCCUCAUUGUUCCAUUUUUCAUCGAUGGAAAUUUAACAGCUGCGAAGUACGAGGAUAUGCUAAGACAUGAAAUAAUUCCAGCAAUACAGGCUAUCGUGGAGGACAAUUUUGAGGACACAUGGUUUCAACAAGAUGGUGCUGUGCCGCAUUACGGAAGGAACGUCCGUCAUUAUCUAAGCACAAUGUUUCCUGAGCGAUGGAUAGGUAGGAGAGGAGCUAUCGAGUGGCCUCCUAGAUCGCCUGACCUAACAGCUCUCGACUACUUUCUGUGGGGUUAUUUAAAAGAAAGAGUUUACGAAACGAAACCACAAAAUCUGGAUGAAUUACAAAAUCGGAUUCUUCAAGAAGCUGCUCUUAUUCCUCAUAAUUACAUUCAAAAUGCCGUUUCAUCUUUUUAUCAUCGGAUAGCCUGUUGUCAAACAGUUGACGGUGCACAUUUUGAACAAUUGAUAUAA